AAAGCUAUUAAAAUAAUUAUGCAGGUUGUAACUGGUUUCGUAAUAAAUGAAAAUAAUACAAUAGAAAUCGAGUACAGGAACCAUACGUUUUAGGACCAUUAAGUCGGGUGAACAAAAGUAGUAAAUGAAAAUUUUGGUAGAAAUUAAACAUGAAUUCGAGUCAUACAAAAUUACAAACAAAACAACGAUACAAAAUAUAUUUAAAGAAUACUGUACUUAAAGGCAGAGGAUUGUACGUGAAAAGUUUAGACUCAAUUCCAGCAGGAAGUGUUAUAUUUAAAUCGUCUCCAUAUGCAUUUGUUUUAAAUUAUCAACAUUGGGCAACGCAUUGUUUCAAUUGUUUUCAAUAUAGUAAAAAAAAGUUAAAACGCUGUUUAGGAUGCCAGUGUGUUUUUUAUUGUACAGUUGAAUGUCAAAAACAAGACUGGGUCAAUCACAAAAAUGAAUGUAAAAAUCUUACAUCGUUUCUGUGUCAAUGUAGAAGAUGCAAUGUUGUGGACGAAGACAUUACGGAUUUUCUUCUUGUUGCGCGUACUUUAAGAAGGUUACGUGUAGAUAAAGAAACAAUUCCUUUGAUUUCAUUACAAGAAACACUUUCUAAGGCAGAUUCAGAAUGUCUUGUAACGCAUUGGAAUUACGUGGAAUCGAUGUGUGUAACGCAAGAGUUGCAAAAGGAUCCUAAAGUGGUUGAAGCUUUAAUGGCCACGCAACUUUUAGGCUCUUUGGUAACAUCAAAAGAGGAACUGUAUGUUUGGUUGAAUAUGUUUCAAUGUAAUAAUUUUUCUAUCACCGAUGAUCGUAUGGUUUGUAUUGGAGCUGGCGUUUAUGCAGUAGGAAGCCUACUAAAUCAUAGUUGUCGUCCUAACUGUAUUUAUACUUUUGAUCCUAUUACAAAAACUCAGGUAAAUCUUUCUUUAAAGAACGUCCUGUCCAAUGGACAAUUUUGGUUUGUUGAAAAGGUGUGUCGUUGUGUCCAAGAAUUAAAAUCAGAUGACGAAUUGUUAAUACCUUACAUUGAUAUUGUUUUCAGUACAAAAGAAAGACGUCAAAUGCUUCUUGCACUUUAUGGAUUUUUUUGUUCUUGCAACGUUUGUGAAAAUCCCAUAAAUUUGAGGAAUUCCAAAGUGUCUACCCUUGAUGAAGCUCUUCGUGGGGAUCGAUGGGGAAGGCAACUUCCUGAUAUUUAUUCAAUGUAUAAUCCUUUAGCAACAGUAGCACCAUACAUGCAGCGUGACAGAAAAAAAAUUCUUGCUCGAAUAAUUGAUCAAUUGAAAUCCCCUCAAAAAAUGGAUGUUCUACCUUUCGAAACAGUCAUUGAUUGGGUUUCCACAGUAAACAAAUGUUUUCUUGAAUAUUCCGAACAGCAAGGCAACUAUUUGUAUAAAGAUGAACUUUUUGUAUUAGAGCAUGUUUUACAUCCAUUCAAUUUAGACUUAUAUUCCAAACGCUGUGAAGUAUUUUCCUUAGCUUUGGAACAAAAAAACUAUUCCUUAGCCAUUCAUUUAGGAGAACAAAUGACUACCUUUUUAACGAUUGUGUAUCAAAAUUGUCCACAUCAUCCUUUACUGGGUUUACAUUACUAUUCAAUGUAUGAGUUAUAUUUAGAAACAGGAAAUACUGUUUUAGCGAAAUCUUUACUCAACAAAACCUACGAUUGUUUAAAAAUUUGCUAUGGAGUUGACCAUAACUUAGUAUUAUCGUUAUGUUGAUUAUGACGACGACAAGGAAAGAUACUAGUUUUUCUUUAUCCAACAUUACAUUACAAAAGUGUUAUUCAAGACAUGGCAGUACACUGAAAACUUUUUGAGAUUUAAAACGCAGCGUUGUCCCGUUUCAAACUCGAAAAGACAACAUGGCACCUUUUUGUUUACGAGAUAUAACUUUUGUGUAAGAGUUUGACGCGUCUGUCGUCCAGUGAACAACAGGACUAACUUACGUAGUUUUUCCCGAAUUAAGUCA